AGAGAAAGAGUGAGUGUGAAGUCAUGGUUAACACGUAGCCGGCGUUUGACGUGUCCUAGCCUCCUAGCUUAGGCAUAUAGCGAUUUGGUAAUUUGUUGCGCGCCGCUUGGAUUUGACCGAUCAGUCGGAUGUUUACGCACAUAUGGCGAGCACGUUGUGAGAAUUAACGCAGAUCUACUACAUAACUAUCACAUCCGUGCACGCAAAGACGACCAACAUGCUGCCGAACAAGUCGUCGUCGUCGUCGUCGUCGUCGUCGUUGCCGCCGCAGCCGUCGUCGUCGUCGUCGUCGUCCUCCGCGACGGCGAACACCAAGAAGGUCAUGUUCCCCGACAAGAAGCCGAUGAUGAAACAAAUGAAAUCCUCUACGCUGGCCAACGCCGCCGGCCUUAGCUCUCUCAUCACCUUCACCGUGCUCCUGCUCGCCUGGAUCUCGGGAUUCGCCUCGCGCCUUUUUGCGGUCAUACGUUUUGAGAGUAUCAUACACGAAUUCGAUCCUUGGUUCAACUACAGAGCAACUGCGUACAUGGUGCAGCAUGGAUUCUACAAUUUCUUAAACUGGUUUGAUGAGCGAGCGUGGUACCCACUGGGUCGAAUUGUGGGUGGGACUGUCUAUCCCGGGCUUAUGAUCACAUCUGGUUCGAUACAUUACGUGCUGCACUCACUGAACAUACCAGUGCACAUAAGGGACAUAUGUGUGUUCUUAGCUCCAAUUUUUAGUGGCCUUACUGCCAUAUCCACGUAUUUAUUGACGAAAGAAAUAUGGAGCGCCGGAGCGGGCUUGUUCGCGGCAUGUUUCAUCGCCAUCGUACCCGGCUACAUUUCGCGCUCCGUGGCGGGUAGUUACGACAACGAGGGAAUCGCGAUCUUCGCCCUGCAAAUCACCUAUUACCUGUGGGUCAAGUCAGUGAAGACUGGCUCGAUCUUCUGGGCCUGCAUCACUGCACUAUCUUAUUUCUACAUGGUGUCCGCGUGGGGUGGCUACGUGUUCAUCAUUAAUCUCAUCCCGCUUCACGUAUUCGUCCUGUUGAUCAUGAAUCGCUUCAGCAAUCGCCUGUUCACCAGUUACAGCACGUUCUACGUUCUCGGACUCUUACUAAGCAUGCAAAUACCGUUUGUCGGCUUCCAACCGAUUAGAACUUCCGAGCAUAUGGCAGCGGGUGGUGUGUUCAGUCUCCUAAUCUUCGUAGCAGCUCUUAGAUACUUAAGAACUGUACUUACCAAGUCCGAGAUGAAAUAUUUCGGUGGCGUGGUAGCCGUAACGGCGGUUGUACUCCUGUUUAUUUUGAUCGCACUAACGUACGCCGGUGUGGUCGCACCUUGGAGCGGCAGAUUUUAUUCGCUGUGGGACACCGGCUACGCUAAAGUACACAUACCCAUAAUAGCAUCCGUGUCAGAGCACCAGCCGACAACGUGGUUCAGCUUCUUCUUUGACCUGCACAUUCUUGUUAUGACAUUCCCGGUGGGUCUUUGGUACUGUAUCAAGCACAUCAACGAUGAGCGUGUCUUUGUCGUAUUGUACGCCUUAAGUGCCGUUUACUUCGCCGGAGUAAUGGUGAGACUCAUGCUGACUCUGACGCCGGUGGUUUGCAUGCUGUCCGGCGUGUCGUUCAGCAAGCUCUUGGAGCUAAUCCUUAAGGAAGAAGACGGGGACGGGAACGAUCGGAACGGUAAUGAGAGCGACGAGGAGAGCGAAGAAGAGAGAGAAAGGAGCCCGGGUAGAGCAUUAUACGAUAAGGCCGGAAAACUUCGCAGAAUGAGGCAUGAGAGGCCAAAAGGCAACGGCGACGGAUUAGGCGUCAAUAUACGUAAUGUCGUGAUUAUCGGCAUACUCAUGCUGCUAAUGCUGUUCACUGUGCACUGCACGUGGGUGACCAGCAAUGCGUACUCCAGCCCCUCUAUCGUGCUCGCGUCGUACAGCAACGACGGCGGCCGAGCCAUACUCGACGACUUUCGAGAAGCUUAUUACUGGCUGGCUCAAAAUACACCUAACGACGCUAGAAUUAUGAGCUGGUGGGAUUACGGAUAUCAGAUCGCCGGUAUGGCUAACAGAACUACGCUCGUGGACAAUAAUACGUGGAACAACUCGCACAUAGCGCUGGUCGGCAAGGCGAUGAGUUCAAAUGAAAGUGCCGCUUACGAGAUCAUGACGUCUUUGGAUGUGGACUACGUGUUAGUGAUCUUUGGCGGGAUGAUCGGAUAUUCCGGCGAUGAUGUAAACAAGUUUUUAUGGAUGGUGCGAAUCGCUGAAGGCGAGCAUCCCCAAGACAUUCGCGAGAGCGACUACUUCACGGAGAGGGGUGAAUUCCGCGUGGAUUCUGAAGGCUCGCCCACUCUGUUGAACUCGUUAAUGUAUAAGUUGAGUUACUAUCGGUUCGGGGACGUCAAAAUAGAUUAUCGGACGCCUUACGGCUACGAUCGCACUCGUAACGCUGAGAUAGGCAAUAAAAAUAUCCAAUUGACAUAUUUGGAGGAAGCUUAUACCACCGAACACUGGCUUGUCAGAAUUUAUAGGGUAAAGAAACCAGCAGAGUUCAAUAGACCGAGAAUUCCAAUCUCUGAACGGGUUAUCACACGUCGUGCAAAUUCAUAUAUUAGUAAAAAGUUAUGGGGGGUCGGGCAUUGAUGUUUCAGACUGCGCGGCGUAAGCGAGGUUUCAUAAAAGGCCGGCCAGUUGUUAUUAAAGGACAGAAACCUCAACGAGGAACGACGUAACGAAGAUCCGCCGGUUAUUUCGUAACGGUUUUCAAAUACAACUUUUGUAAUAAAAAAAAGAAUUACCGUCCCUUGGAUCUACCACAAAACUAUACCUCGAAAUAAGAGUUUAAAUAUCGUCGGAAACAGUUUUGUUAUUUGUUUGAGAGAAUAGAAUACUUCAAGAUGUUUUCUUUCAAAUCGGAGAACAAUGAAAAUUAUUUUGAAUUUAUAUUCAACAGUGUGACAAUAUUUUCAACAGUGUCACGUAUAUAUCCAAUAUUCUGAUCCGAUCCGAUGAUGUUUGUAAAAAUUGUAUACCAUCGUAGUCCGAUUCAUUUCUCUCCAAAAGCUAGACCGUCGGUCAUUAUUUGUUAUUACAUAACUACACACACAACCGCAAGUAUUGUUGAUAUCAACAGGCUUUCGAAUUCGUCAUGUGAAUAUUUCCGAUAGAUUUAUGAAUGUAUUCAUUAUAUAGCAGGUCACAAUUAUGUAUUGUAUAUUUUGCAUUUCUCUAGAAGACUUCGUCGUUAUUUUUAUUUAAAUUAUUUUCCCAUGAGUCGAUUGCAUUUAGUAGUUGACUGUGUAAACAUUUUCUCUCACGUUAAUCACACUUGUUUGUUAUUAAUCAAACGAUUACGUCGGUCUCAAGUAAAUUCUGAGACUUCUAAGACAUUCUAUAGUUAGUGUACACGUUUAUGUUACAUAGUAUGUCUAAUGCACAUGAUAUUGUCUCAUCAAAGAGUCUGAUAUGGAAUGAGGAAAACGGACUUUUGUCGAUUUUCAGCCGGAAUAUCAGAAACAAUCGAAUGUGUCAUGUGUACACAGUUUGUUGUAUAGCACCUUGUUGAAAGAUAAACAUUUGUGAUAACUAGUGUCGUUAUUUAACAAACACGUACUUGAGAUGCAAUCCAAUUCAUAAUUUUCGUUUCACCUGUUAAAAUUUAAAAAAAUUUCGUUUCACUCGAUUCAAAUUAAGAAGGAAGGUUUUCAUAUUGUAAAUCGCAUAUACAAAUUUUACAUAAUUUUAUAUUUCUUUUUGUUAUUAAAUAUACAAGGAAAUUUUCUAGUGCUUCACCAGAAAAUAUUAAAACUA